GCUUGUGGUUGAGCUGUGGGAGUGAGUAAGCUGAUGGAAAACUGCUGUUGUUGAGGCCAGGACUGAGAGGCACAGAAAGGUGCUGGCAUGGAUCUCCAGAGUUUGAGGGGUCUCAACGGUUACCAUGGCAAGACCCUUGGAGGAGGCCCUGGAUGUAAUUGUGUCCACCUUCCACAAAUACUCAGGCAAAGAGGGUGACAAGUUCAAGCUGAACAAGACAGAGCUCAAGGAGCUACUGACCAGGGAGCUGCCUAGCUUCCUGGGGAAAAGGACAGAUGAAGCUGCAUUCCAGAAGGUGAUGAGCAACUUGGACAGCAACAGGGACAAUGAAGUUGACUUCCAGGAGUACUGUGUCUUCCUGUCCUGCAUUGCCAUGAUGUGCAAUGAAUUCUUUGAGGGCUGCCCAGAUAAGGAGCCCCGGAAGAAGUGAAGACUCCUCAGAUGAAGUGUUGGGGUGUAGUUUGCCAGUGGGGGAUCUUCCCUGUUGGCUGUGAGCAUAGUGCCUUACUCUGGCUUCUUCGCACAUGUGCACAGUGCUGAGCAAAUUCAAUAAAAGGUUUUGAAACUA